UGAUUAGUUUGAUGAUUGCCACGUUUUCUCAUCAGUGGGGUUGUACAUCUCGAGGAGGGAAGAAGCGUAAUUUUCUUUUUUAAAUUAUAUUUAAAAAAAAUGUCGAUCCCGUUCGUUCUUUCGGUGCUGUUUUUUACAAUUAUUAACGCAUCCGGAGACAUACCAACAGAAGACGAGGUAUUAGUUCUGAACAAAGAUAACUUCGACAAAGCCGUUCAAGAACAUGAACAUAUUCUGGUCGAAUUUUAUGCCCCGUGGUGUGGACAUUGCAAGGCUCUCGCGCCGGAAUAUGCCAAGGCGGCCAAACAGUUAAAAGAGGAGGCGUCGGAAAUUAAGUUGGCCAAAAUCGAUGCCACCCAGGAGAGCGAUUUGGCCGAACAGUACGACGUUCGUGGCUACCCCACUUUAAAGUUUUUCAGAAGUGGUAAACCGUCGGAAUACAAAGGUGGACGAGUGGCAGAAGAUAUUGUCCGUUGGUUAAAGAAAAAAAUUGGACCACCUGCUGAAAGUUUAGAUAAUGUCGAAAGUGCCAAAGCAUUCCAACAAAGUGCCGAAGUUGUUCUAAUGGGAUUUUUCAAAGAUAUAAACUCAGAUGAAGCAAAGGUAUACUUGGAUGUUGCCCUAGAAUCAGAUGAUUAUUCAUUUGGAAUUACUUCUCAAGAUGAAGUUUUUAAGGAAUUCAAUGUUGAAAAAGAUAGCAUUGUUUUAUUUAAAAAAUUUGAUGAGGGAAGAAAUGAUUUUGAUGGUGAAGUAACAGAAAAGCUUUUAAAAGAUUUUAUUAAUAUGAACAGUUUACCUCUUGUUGUUGAUUUUAAUCAAGAUACUGCUCAGAAAGUUUUUGGUGGAGAUAUAAAAGCUCAUAAUUUAUUAUUUAUAAGCAAAAAGAGUUCUGAAUAUAAUGAAUUAGUUGAAGUGUUCCGUAAAGUUGCUAAAGAUUUUAAAAAGAAAGUAUUAUUUGUAACAAUUGACAUCGAUGAAGAAGAUCAUGAAAGAAUUAUGGAAUUUUUUGGAUUGAAGAAAGAGGAUGCACCAGACAUGCGAUUAAUACAGUUAGAAGAAGAAAUGACUAAGUUUAAGCCUCCCACAUCAGGUCUUAGUGAAGAUAAUAUUCGUAACUUUGUGCAAGGUGUUCUGGAUGGAAAAAUCAAGCAACAUCUACUUUCUGAAAGUGUUCCUGAAAAUUGGGAUAAAGGACCUGUUAAAGUCUUAGUAGGAAAUAAUUUUGAUGAUGUUGCUCUAGAUAAGACCAAAGAUGUUUUAGUAGAAUUUUAUGCGCCAUGGUGUGGUCAUUGCAAGCAGUUGGCACCUAUUUAUGAAAAAUUAGGCGAAAAAUAUAAAGAUAAAUCUAAUAUUGUUAUAGCAAAAAUGGAUGCAACUGCAAAUGAAUUAGAACAUACCAAGAUUCAUAGUUUUCCAACAAUUAAACUUUUCAAGAAAGAUUCUAAUGAAGUAGUUGAUUUUAAUGGAGAACGCACACUUGAAGGUCUCAGUAAAUUUAUUGAUUCAGGUGGAGUUGACGGAGCUUCACCAAAGGAAGAGGAAGUCGAAGAGGAGGAAGAAAAAGACGAUGAUGAAAAGAAGAGGGACGAACUGUGAUCUUUAACACAUUUGCUGCAGAACUUGCAGUCUAUUCCCAGAGAGAAUUACGUACAAAAGACUCGUGUGCAGGGAAUAUAUACAUAUAUAAUUUUUAAUAGAAUUAAGUGAAGUCACAUAAAAUUGAAUGGACGUACUGUAUGCAAGUUUUUUUUUUAAAUCCGUAUUUGUUCGACGACAUUUGGGACAAAAUAUAUUCGUUAGUUUUUUAAUAUCGGAUAACAAAUUUAAACAAUUAAAAAAUAACUUAUUUUGCUAAAGCAUUAUGGGGACUGAAUGGUUUUCAAUUAUUGUAACAAUAUAGAUUUUAAAUUUAUAAAUGUUAUACGAGUAUUUUAUGUCACUUUCAGACAUUUAUAUUCCAAAAAUAAUGUUGCAAUGCAAUUUCUUUUAAGAUCAUGAGAAAAGAUGUUCCUAUGUGUGGUUAUACUGAAUUUCAUUAAUGUUUUUAUUUCUUUUAUAAUAAAUUUGUCAGUUUUAAGUGAAAAUAAACAAACAAAAAAUAAGUUUGCUAUUGUGUAAUUUCUUUUCAAAAUGUCGUCUGUGUAAAAAGUAUCUGGUGAAGAUGACCAUUGCACAUAUUACAGGAGUGGUGGGUAUUUUAUAAAAAUAAUUGUAUAGAACCCUACAGAAUUGUGCACCUUGUGUGACAAACA